AUGUCAGUGGAAACUGGUUCUUCUCUCAGGACUUUAUCAAAAUCCUUGUCAAACAUUGAAGUAUUUGUAAACAGAUUGGACUCUGUGGAAUCAGUCUUACCAUAUGAAUAUGAUGUGUUUGACUUCUGUCAGAAUGAAACUGAGAAAAGACCUUCGGAAAAUUUGGGACAAGUAUUAUUUGGAGAGAGGAUUGAGUCAUCACCAUAUAAGUUCACGUUUAAUGAACCUGAAGCAUGUAAGCUUGUUUGCAUGAAAUCCUACAAUCCAAAAGAUAAGCCAAGUGCAGACAAGUUGUCUUUCAUAAAGAAAGGAAUUCUUCUGAAUUACCAACACCAUUGGAUUAUUGAUAACAUGCCUGUCACAUGGUGUUAUGAUGUGGAAGAUGGCCAAAAAUUUUGUAAUCCUGGAUUUCCAAUCGGAUGCUUUGUUACUCAGGAUGGCCGCCCAAAAGAUGCUUGUGUCAUCAAUAAUUACAUAGAAUUUGCAACGUAA